AUGGUCUGCGCUUCUAUCUUGUCAAGCGUACAAAAUAAUAGACAUCUUGGCUGUGAACAUGCUGUUAGAACGUUGCAAAAUUCGAAGUUUCUCGAAAAAGUCCGAGUUCCAAUCCAUUGGAAAGAAGUUGUAGAGGAGACCACAAGCGGACGACAUUUUGAAGCUCUUGCUGGGGUGACACAGACAUGCAAACAAUUGGCUGCUCAUACUAGGAAGGCUGUUGAGAACAAGGAGGAACUUCUCGUAAUAGGAGGUGAUCACAGCUGUGCGAUGGGAACAUGGAGUGGGGUGGCUUCAGCAAUUCGACCUUGUGGAGAAUUAGGGCUCAUAUGGGUUGAUGCUCAUAUGAAUCUAACGUCUCUCGGCGAUACUCUCUCGAAAGUUUUACCUCACAAUAUGUGUAUGGUGGGAAUUCGAAGUUAUGAGAAGGGCGAACAGGAACUCCUUGAAAGACUGGGUGUUCGUAUUUUCUACAUGGAGGAAGUAGAUCGUCGCGGGAUUGCUGAUGUUAUGCAAGAGGCACAGUAUUUGGUCACUAGGUUAGAACACAUAUGGAUUCGGAAUGUCUAUUGA